UGGGUAGAUACAUUCUGUUAGGUGGUUUAGUGGGCUUGCCGAAUGCCCAAAUAGACUUGAGACGUAACGGUUACCCUUGACAACAGCUGGUGGGCUGGUUAUGAAUAUUAAUGAGYCAUUGAUAACAGCUAACGAAGCACAGCAUAAUUUUGAAAACGCGCUCACUUGUGUCCGCCGAAARUAUUUAUUUUCGUGAAAGGGGUGUGACAGAAGCUUGUAGCGUGAGCUUCAACAAGAUUCGAGCUAGUAUACGUAUGCAGAGAUUUGAACUAAAAUUGCUACRAAAUGUCUUCUGUUUUGUACUUAAAGGGGUCUAACCUCCCUGGACAAGGGAAAAAACGAUUGGGAGAAUGUAUAAAAAGCCAGAGAGUGUUGAUGAUUGUGAAGCUCAAAAACCUGGAAGGUGUUUUUCAUAUUCGCUUCAUCGACGAGAAGACCAAGCAAAGUGAUGUGGAAUUUAGGAAGCUCGAUGCGACCAUGACUCCUGUUUUAGUACACCAAGGUAUCGAAUACCAAGACGUAGAUGAAAUUGCUUAUCAUUUGGAAAARCAUUUUCCUGAUCCACCUUUGGAAACGCAUGAUGUUGAAGCCAAUGCGUUGGGCGGCCAAGCCACCCCAAUGUCGAGUCUCGCUGGAUGGAUUAAGAACAAGGACCCUAAACGAGAAGACUUUUUGAGGCAAAAAUUUGAGAAGAGUAUGGGCGACAUCGAUCACUCUUUGGGAAAGAGAGAAGGCCCAUUCAUUUGCGGCGAGGAGCUCAAGUUCCCAGACUGCAUUCUAUUGCCCAAACUGUACCAUGCGAAAGUGGCUGCAUUGUACAUCAAAAACUAUGAUUUUACGAAGCCGGACCCCAGGGUUCAGACCAGUAGUGAGACGCCACCGGUGUUUAAAAAUAUUGGGAACUAUUUGAAAGCGGCCAUGGGGAAUCCAGUAUUCUCAGAAACCUGCCCAUCUGAAAACGAAAUUCAAGAAAAGUGGAGAAAUUACAAGAGAUAGAUUGGUCAAAGACACUAGUAAAUCGGAACAUCCUUUGUACUAACAACGUAAUGUUGACAUUGCUUUUAUAAUCUAGCCACGCAGCCAUACUGUUUUAUUCAACAUGAUAUGCAAAUGUUUAGUUUGAAUAUUAUUUCUAACCUUAACACGUAGACGAGUUUUAAUAUCUCUGCCCUAAGUCCUAAGAUAAAGUUUUUUAUCAUUACAUAUGCCUAAAUAUACAAUCGAUAAUUAUUUUACCACCGACGUACUCGUUUCCACCUUAUUUUUACCAUUAGUAUCGUUUCGAAGCUUGUGUUGUUUCGAGUUGAUUCACCGAAAGUCAAUAAAGCCACGCGAAGCAACACAAAAACGAUUGUAARCUUCGGUAGAAAAUAUGUACGAUGUAGUACAAGCCAUGUUAUUCAUGCAUUAAAGUAACUUCUAGCUUCUAGCUUCACAAA